AGGUGGCAUCGCCAUCACAUCAGGCAGUCGCAAUAUGAGAGCUGCGCCGUUCGGAUCGUGGUACUGGCUGGGAUUGGGAUUGGGCCUGCUUCUGGCCAUCGAGUCCGGCGUGGUUUCCGCCAAGCGUUUCCUCCGCUGUGAACUGGCCCGCAAGCUGCUCGACCAGCAUGGCUUCGAACGCAGUCUGCUCUCGAAUUGGAUUUGUUUGCUAGAGCACGAGAGCGAUCUGGAUACCGGCAGGAUAACCAACAAUCCGAAUGGAUCUCGCAACUACGGGCUGUUCCAGAUCAAUGGCAGGUUUUGUCAGGAGGGAAGGCGUGGCGGCAUCUGCAAUGCCAAGUGCGAAGAUUUUCUAGACGAAAAUCUAAGGGAGUCGGUCACUUGCGCCAAGCGCAUCCAAACCUCGGAUGGUUUUCGUCACUGGGCAGGAUGGCAGCGAUAUUGCCGAAACGCCCAGAAUCUGCCUAAUCUUAAGGUCAUCUGUGGGAUCUAGAAGUAAUUAAUUUUAUGAUUUCAAUUUGUUAUGAAUGUUAUAACAAAUAAAUGUUAUAUAAUACGCCUUAAAAUAAUUUUAAAAGACUAAAUAGUUUCAAUGCUUAAGAGAGCUCUGCUGCCAAAAUUAAAAUUUUUAUAUUAAACUCUGAUAAAUUCGCGUGUCAAUGUGGGACAAAACACGAUACAGUCGGUUGUUCCGAACCCAAAUCGGUUUUGAAAUGUGGUGAGUUGGAGUCCAACAAAGCUUACGAUCAGUUUAAAACUAUAACACUCUGGCAACCCUACUCGCUCUCUAUAUCUCUCCGAGAUUCGUUCAUUAUCAGGUGAACGAAAGCUUUAAGCUUUGCCGCAAAAACUUUGUGUAGCAAUGGGGCGCACUCACUAUCUCGCUUACGUGGGGCUUUCAUUUGGCGACAUCGGCCGAACAAAUCGGAGCGUUUUUUCGCAACGUGUUCACAAGAUAUCAAAAGUCAUUAAGAAUUAAGAAAAUAUGAAAAGUCAAGAAAAGAAAAGUAUAUUCCAGUGCCCAGUGCCAGAGAUUCGCUCUCUUACAAAAGAAUCGCAUUUCAUAUAUAUUUAUAUAUAUAUAUAUAUCCUAAACACUCCUAAUAUGGAAAGAUAUUGUGCCUUAUUCCGAUCUCCUUACAUAAGUUGCCCAUACCCCCGACCAAUAUACUAU